AUGAACGGGAUCGUCGCCCACAACGCAACUAUCCAGUGGCUGUAUGAGCUGUUGGACUCACCGUUCCGUUUGGUCGUGAAAACGGCGCUGAAGCUGCUCCUCGUUUUCAUCGAGUACAACGACAACAAUUCACUGCUUCCGGCCCCGAUCAUCUCCACAUCACCCGACCUUUCCAAGGAGCGCAAGAUCCCCGAACCGAUCAAGCUCAUCGAGAAUCAGGAGAACGAGGUGCCGGAUGAGGUGGCGGAGGACGAGAAGCCGGCUGCCGAAUCCCUCAAGUCGAAGCCAUUGAUCAUCAACGACCUCGACUUCUCCGAGUUCCACGCCGACGAAUACGAGCAGGACCCGUUGGUAAUGGCCCGGCAAACGAUACAGCAAGAGAAAAUCGCAGCCGGCGGCGGCUUCAUCCCACCUCCACCCGGAAGUAUCCCACUGCCACCUCGAUGUAAG